CGUGCAGUCAUUUUAUCUGUUUCAUUUUUCAUUCCACGUUAUUUGAGAAAUGUAUUUAGGUUUCAUAAAAGUCUAGCAUUAGAUAUCGCAUUAUUAAACGAUAUAUGAAAGAUUACACGCCUUGCUUAAUAUUACUCGAGGCGUACUGGCAAUUUUUUAAAACACAAUUAUGAUUGUAUUUUAAAAAUCUUUAAAAAACCAAUCGUCUGAUCCUUAAACUAAGAUACCCUAUGUUAUAAGUAACCAUGCAACGAAUAUCUGGGCAUAUAACCUACUAUACCAAGACUUGAAUCAAAUCAAAAAAAUAAUUUUUUUAAAUUGGGCUAACUGGGAGUCGAUUCCGGGAACUUAUAUGGAUAAAACAACAUAUUUUCCACUGCGCCAUGGAGACCAACUGUAUAAGUGUAUAGUAUACUUUGUAGUAAAUAGUCCGUACUCUGUGAUAGAUGUCGUAUGUAUUUCAGUGAAACAAUGUGGACAAACAAUAGCUCUAUAGUAUAAAGUGACUUAUAUCCAUGGGAUAAGACAGAUAAGGCAGGAUGGUGUAUCAAUUACUUAUAUUCUCAUUCUGAUAUUACAUUAGCUUUUGCAAGAUAAAUAAAUUAAGAAUGUACACUUAUUUUGUCCCUUUCUGUUGCCCUCUUAUUGAAAAUAAUAUUAUAAUGAGUAAGUAAAGAAUAAAAAUAAUAACAACAUAACAAAAAUUACUAAGACAAAUCUAUUUAGCUGACUAAGGCAAUAAUAUUCUCUAUAUAAGCAUAAAUAUGAUACGAAUUUUAAAAGAAAUAUAAUUAUGAUGCGGUAUAGAAAUGAACAAAACAAACUGAAUUUAAUUCUAUUAUUAUAAAGUUUAUUUAUUAUUAUCUUGAAAUCACUUCUUCUUUUUGUGUCUCUUGUAGUGUAGGUAAAGAUAAUGAGUGCUAAAGAUUUAAUUCUUUCAUUUUCUUAACUCGUCUCAUUUACAGGUUUUCAAAAUCUCUUGUCUUUUUUCUUAUUUCUAUAUUAGAUAUAUGAAAUGUAUUACCUACUUGUAUAAAUGUAUUUUAUACUAAAUAAAUUUGUAAGUAUUUUUUUAUUUCUAUUUUUAGAUAAUGAAAAUAACAAACAAGUUGAUCUAUUUAUUUUCGCAACGGAUGCAAAGCGUUUUACACUCUUGGAAUUCAAGGUUUCAACAUUUCCGUUUACGCACUAAACAGUAUAAAGCUACAUGAUUCCUGUUUUAAAAUAGGUUAAUCAAAGACUUAUAUGAUACAGGAUGAUAGUAAGGUGUCAGUGAGCAUCCGGUUGCACGAGUAUGUAAUGCUAUUGAAUAGUCAGGCAUUUCGUUGUGACACAACAAUGCGCCGGCGCACGCAGGCGGGUCGCGCAGACCGUUGUACGUUUUCAAAACAAACCGUUCGAUUGUUAUUCGAAAAAUCUAUCACAAAACGAUUAAACAGUACAUAGAAUUCGCAAACAACGAACAAGUGUUGGAAAUUGGAGGAACAUUGUCGGUGGGCAAGUUUUCGUGAAACAAUAUCGCUAAUGUACCUGUUUCGUACGUGAUUAAUCGAAGAUGUAGUGUUGUGCUACAGUUGUUUUCAUAUUUAUCUGUUGUUUUUACGUGUGAAACAUGAUGAAACCAUUACAUUUAAUAGUUAUAAUUGGGUUAGUUACAAUGGCCAAAGGUAUUCGUUUUCGACCGAAUCCUAGCUCAGAUAUAUCUGCAGAAGAUACAAGUUUGCAAAAGGGAAACAGAACAUUAGACCAGUCUGAGGAAAGUGGCCACGAAAUUGAGACAGAUAUUGAUAACACAGACAAAAAGUUUUUAGACGAUGCAAUGAGAACUAUUUUAGAUCCAAAUUCAGUAAUAAUAAAGAAUAAUGAUUUAGUAGAUAGUUUCAAACAACAAUUAGAUGUAUUAGAAAAAGAAAAUAUUACUUUGGAAGCUUUUAUGGAUGAAAUGGAUAAAUUGAGUCUAGAUGUAUGUAAAACAUCUCAAGAAUCAUUAUGGGCAUAUGUUACUGACAUCAAUAACGAAAUGAAAAAGAACAAAAUGAUUCGUAUUGCCGCAGAAGAGGAUGAAAUUAAGAAACAGUAUUGGAAUAUAAUAAAGAAAAAAUAUUUAUAUGAAACUCAAUUCACAUUUGAUCCCAAAUUAAAGAGAAAAUUAAGAAUUAUAAAAGAAAGAGGUACUAACGUUCAAAUGCCUCAAAGCAAGCAACGAGAAGAAAUAGAUAUGAUGCAGCGUAUAUGGAGUCGAGUGACCGUAUGUGCAUACAAUGCAACGGUAUGCAAUACGGAUGAAUCUGUUAAAACUAUGAACGAUGUUAUUUCUAUUUUCAAAACUAGUAACGAUACAAAAGAAUUAUCGUAUUAUUGGAAAGCAUACCGUGAUACGACUGGAAAGAAAAUUAGACCAGUCUUCAAAGACUAUGUAACAAGAAUGAAUAAAGUAGCAGAAUCAGAAAACUUCACUGAUGCCGGCGACAUGUGGAGAUAUGCAUUCGAAGACGAUAACUUUGUACAAACAAUUAAUAGAAUAUGGCAUGAAAUUAAACCUCUAUAUGAUCAAAUACACAAAUAUGUGAGAGCCAAAUUAAAGCUUUACUACAAAAAUGAUUUGCUAGAUAACAAUAACACAAUUCCAGCUCAUUUACUAGGUAAUUUGUGGGCGCAAGAAUGGCAAGCAAUAUACCCAAAAGUGGUAGCAUACCCAAAUCAUAUGAGACUUAAAUUACAGAGCAAUGAGAGUAUGCAUUCUAAGGAUUUAUUCGAUAUAGUUGACGAGUUUCAUCAGUCACUGGGAUUCGAUAGCGCUAAUGACUCCUACGAAAAUAUUAGAGACACAAUGACCACUGCGAACUGUUUGCCUUCAAGUCACGAUAUGUGUGACGGAGUUAACUACAAGAUAAAAUGGUGUGGGGAGAAAGUCACUGACGUAGUGGUUGGUUUGUCACGAGCGGCUCGGCUUUUAGGUCACGUUCAAUAUUUUAAGCAUUAUCGGCACCUGCCUCCACUUUAUAGAGAUGGCCCAAAUCCAGCGUUCCAUGAUGCGAUAUCAGAUAUUGUUGCUAUACAGUUGACUAUUCCUGAGAGUCUCAAAAAACUCGGUUUGAUCAAUGAAACUGGACCGGAGGUGACUGUGAAUCAUCUACUUUGGAUUGCUCUUGAAAAAUUUCCGUUGAUGGCAUAUGCCUAUGUAUUAGAUAAAUGGCGAUGGGAUGUGUUUGGUAAUAAUACUUUAGACAAGUGGAAUCAACAUUGGUGGGACCUCAGAAUUAAAGAAACCGGAGUGUCUCCUCCUGUUCCUAGAAAUGAACCUACAUUAUAACCAAACAGUCUGGAUCGAAUAUUAAGUAAUAAUAUUUAUAUUUUCUAUUUGCUCAGUUACCUGAUCUCUCAUGUAUUGGAAUUUCAAAUUAUGUCCUCACUUUGCAAGCGAGCUAAUCAUACGGGACCUUUGCAUCAAUGUUCCAUACACGGCGUGAAGGAAGCGGGAAAAUUACUUAGCGACGGAAUGGCAUUAGGAGCAAGCGAGGACUGGAGAACAGUACUAAAAAUUAUGACUGGUGAAACCGAACUAUCCACAGAUGGUAUAUUGGAAUAUUUUUCGUCCCUUCAAGAGUUUCUUAAAGAAGUAAAUUCAAAAUUAAUCAGUGAAGAGUCCCAAGAUAUGGAUCAGAGUGCACCUAUUAUUGUAGGGAUGAUUGUUUUGUUUUUGACUAUAUUAAUUAUUGUUUUAUAUUGUGUGAAAAAAUAUAAUGUAGGCAUUGGAGUGUUGGCAGUGUGUGGAUUGAGUAAGAACGGUUCUUUAGAUAUUGUGACGAACGAGAUACCUCAAGCUAAAAAUAACGAAGUAGAUGGUAUUCACGAAGAAAAAGUUUGAUUUAGUCGCUAUUAGAUGUCAAGACUUAUUAAAGAAAUAACUACGAUAAUUUUAAUGCCAAGGAAAAAUUCUUAAACGCGGGAUAAAAAUAGAAUAGAAAUAGUGGCAAUUUGUGAAAUAAAUAUAAUUAUACAUC